AUGCAUAUAUGGCAGGACAAAUCCAGUGGUAACUGGUGGUUCGUAACUGAGGACAAAAUACAAGUGGGAUACUGGGCAAAUGAGAUUAUGUAUGCAAUGGGCAAUGGUGCUGGUAUACUUAGGUAUGGUGGAUUUGCAAUAGGUACCGCAGAAGGACCUUCACCACCAAUGGGAAAUGGACAUUUUGCUGGUCAUGAAUAUCGUGAGAUAGCUUACUUUGCAAGAAUCAAGUAUGUGGAUGAUUCUCGGACACCAAAGGAUAUUUUUGGAGAUAUGGGCGAGGCACUUGCUGAUGCAACUGAGUGUUACACUAUACAAUACUGGGGGAAUCAAGGUUCUUAUAUGGGACAAACCUUCACCUAUGGGGGUCCCGGGGGUAAUGAUUGUGGUGAUUAA